AUGCACUUGGCGCGAAAACGCACCACAGACAAGUUUCACAGCGAGCAUUUCUCAAUUUUCGCUCAAUGGUCCCCGUUCCACCCCUCGUCGCAAACUCCCUCCGCGCUAAACACCCGACCCAUCGGACAGGCCGUGGACCUCUUGGCAGCGUUGCAAACCUCUCGGCAGUCUGCUGUAGAUGUAACAUUCCAACAAACCAACGCACCAGCCGGAUCGUUUUCCGAGAAGAAGCGGUACUUCAGCAAGAAGCAUGGCAUGUAUGGGGUUGCAAGUGUGCUCCCCAAUGGUCUCUGCGUACCUCUGCUAUCCCUGGAAGCCAUGCGGAUAUAUCCAUUUGUCAAUCCAACGAGGCAUUUCACACCGCGGCCAUGA